ACAUCCUGCUCAGACUUUGCGCGCGCGCGCGGGGGGGGAAACAAAACAAUGGCAAAGUACAGAUCUCACAAGCGCAAGAUCGACAAGGAUCGUCAAUUGGCAGGAUGGAGAUCCGCUCUCAACAAUCCCUCCACCACCAGCGCCGGUAGGAGCCACGCGCGCAAACAGUUGCUCAUGAGAGGACACGUAGGAGAUGCGCUCUUCUCCACCAGCAUCAAUACGCGCAUACGGCGCAUGUUGGGUCUGCGUGCCAAAUCUCACGGAUAA